CAAAGUCUUUACUCCAUCACGCGCCAUCAUCUCCCAGCCUCGACUCGAGAGCAUCGUUCGCCCACAGCUGUUGCCUACUGCCCACUGCCCACUGCCUACUGCCCACUGCCCACUGACGACUCACGACUCACGACUCACGACCGGAGACAGGGCGGUGGGAAACCGAAAGUCAUGCCGUCAAGCCCUCAAGCCGUCGCAUCCGCCGUGUGUCUCCGCUCCUGCUCUAGCGGUAUCCAGCAGGCAUCUCACGCAUCCGUCCACCCGAUUCCCCCAGGCAUCCUCGGCAUGCAGUCCGCAAUUAGCAGGCCGUGGGUGUGGGAUCUGGGAGCAUACGAGUCUGGCGGCUGGCGGUCGACGCCUACAGAACACCCCCAGGCCCCCGAGGCCCCAGGGCAUUCCGCGCCCUCGACGUCACAGCCCUUGAGGGCACAACUCUAAUCCCAUUAAGCCUCAUCCAAUUCAUACUGUACAUGUGACCUCUGCCGCUUGGCGACCAGUAGUCCGUCCCCAUGUCUUGGGCAUCGCAAUUGCAUGCACAGAUCUGGGAUAUUCUCCGGGUGGGCAGAAGAAUGAAUGAGAUGGCCACGAG